AUGUCGUUUGGCGUUUGGAUAUUGGGUGUUUCAUUUCCACACGAGAAACCCUGUGUUCUACUCGGUAAAAUUCCCCCUCGUGCCGUGUUUCGAGUUUCGACCGCUUCCGUCUUCCACCACCCACCGCCACCACUUCACUUGUUCAGUCGGUCUGUCGGUCUCCUCCACGGCUUGAGGAGCUACACUCCGUCGCGAGAUACUCACUCCUCCACUUUCGUCGUUAACCCUAGCCGUUUUACUCGACUUCCAAUAACUUCAAGUCAAAUCCACUUUUGGAGGCAUUUGGCAAUGCAAGAACUGUUAGAAAUGCUGGAACUUCAAUACUUACAUGACUAUGCUGGAAUAAGCUCCAGUAUUGGAUUGACAGCUAACCCUAUUGAAGGAGCUCUUACUAAAUGCAACUUCGGAGCAAGCUUCACAAAUGCUGAUCUUGUUGCUUCAUUGGCUCUAGAAACUGUUGCGCCUACUUCUUUAAGAGUUGCUCCGAACAAUUUGUAUCCUGAAAGCAAUUUCUUCCAAGAGGUUAUGUGCUAA